AUGGCCACCGCACCCCAACAAACACCCUCUCAACCGCCCGCGCCGCCCGCAGACAAUGAGCCCGUCUACGGCGGUCACACGCGGUUCGAGAUCGAGCUCGAGUUCGUCCAAUCCCUCGCGAACCCUUACUACCUCAACCACCUCGCCACCCAAAAGCUGCUUACCCGCCCCGAAUUCGUCGCGUACCUCGCCUACCUGCAAUACUGGACCCGUCCGCCUUACCUCAAGUACAUCAUGUACCCCGGCCCGACGCUCAAGCACCUCGAGCUGCUGCAGCAGGAGCAGUUCCGACAGGAUAUCAUUAGUCCCGAUCUCGUGUCGAGGCUGAUUGAAGAUGGCAUGAAGGCGCCGGUGGAGUGGCACCGCAGCGAGGCUUGA